AUGACCGCCGCUUCGGCGGACGAAGGCGUCACGGAGCGUCGUCUCAUCGAGGGAGUGGAUCGGCUCAACAACAACGGCGGCCUCUUCGGCAAUGAUCUGCUGGUGCCAGGAAACUUGCAGGCCACCGCCGCGGUGGUCGGCAUGAUGUACAUCAUUCCCUUCGGGAUCCUCCAUAUUUUGGACCUGAUCCAGGCGCGGCUGGGCCUGUCGGGGGGGCUGAAGACCAUGCUGAUCAGCGCCUUGUUCCGGCGCUUCAUGAGCUUCAAGCCGGAGGUGCGCCAACAAGUGAACGACGCAGAGAUCUCCAUGACCUGCGUACGAGACGUGCCACACCUUGUGAGCUCCGGGGUGAUGAACUGCUUCCACCUCGUGGAGAUCGCCUGUAAGCUCCUGACGACCAUGGUCUUCCUCUUGGUGGAGGACCAGCUGGCCAUCGUGCCCUUCUGUGUGUACCCCUUGCUGGCGGCGCUGUGGAUCUGCUUCCGCCAGCCGGCCCUCAGCAAGGCGCAGGAGACGAAGCUGAAAACCGGCAACCAGCUAGUGAAAGGCGUGCACCAAGCGUGCAUGAACUACAACAUGAUCUUGGACUACCGCAAGAGGUCCAAGGCCGUGGACCGGUUCUCCUCCUACGCCUUGCACUACCGCAAAGCCAUGUCCGCUUGCCAUUUGAUGGACAUCAACAACGGCAGGUUCUUCCCAUGGCUCACGACGAUCUCCAUGGGCAUCUACGCCAUAGUGGGUGUCGAGCAGCUGCGAAUAGGCGCCACGAACAUCGGCACCUUCGUGGCGACCUUUGGGAUCUUCGUGGAGGUGGGCCAUGAGUUGGAGCGGGGCUACGCGACUCGGAGGAACUUGGAGCUUGGAAGCCCCUUGUGCUGCCGCUAUAGGUAA